UGUGAGUGAAGGCAAGCAGGCAGAGGAGCAGAGACUCCGGCCAUACGCGAGCGUGCAUACGUUCACUUAAAAGAGUCGGCUCAAUGAACCGGCUCGUUCGCUACCGACACAUCUCUGUCUAUACUGUCUACCACCAGAGACUGAAGAGUAAACUACCAGACACGAUCACAGCAGGCUAGUCAGCUAAUCAGGUGCUAAGUCAGCUAACUUAACAGACACCAGCAGUGUGCCUUCUGACUCUCUUGUCGGGUAACGUUAUAAUGGUUGCAACGCUAACGCUAGCCAAAAAGAAAAGGCGAGUAAGUUGGGUUGGGUUGUUUUUAGCUGAUUAGCUAGGUGUAGCUAACGCGGAAGGCACCUCCACAGAGAGUAAUCAAUGGUUGGCACAACGCAAAGGACAUAACACUUGGCUCAUUUUAAAGAGGCAUUUCUUCCUGAGUAAAGGAUGUCUAAACGCCUGAGAAACACCGAGCUCUGCGCUGACUGUAAUGUCCCAGAACCUCGCUGGGCCUCGGUCAACAGGGGUGUGCUGAUUUGCGAUGAGUGCUGCAGUGUUCAUCGAAGUCUGGGUAGACACAGCUCCCAAGUCCGCCACGUGACGCACACACCAUGGCCUCCUACGCAGCUCCAGAUGGUUCAGACAUUAUACAGCAAUGGAGCGAAUUCAAUAUGGGAGCACUCUCUGCUGGACCCUGCAUCAGUGAUGAGUGGAAAACGCAAGGCCAACCCUCAGGACAAGCUGCACCCAAACAAAUCAGAGUUUAUAAAAGCCAAAUAUCAAAUGCUGGCAUUUGUCCAUCGCAUGCCUUGCCGGGAAGACGACAGCUCGACAGCCAAGGAUUUGAGCAAGCAACUUCACUCAAGUGUACGCACGGGGAAUCUCGAGACUUGUUUGCGGUUGCUAUCCCUGGGAGCACAAGCUAAUUUUUUUCACCCGGAAAAAGGAAACACUCCCUUGCAUGUAGCUGCAAAGGCAGGACAAAUAUCUCAGGCUGAACUAUUAACUGUUUAUGGAGCUGAUCCUGGAGCCCCUGACAGCAAUGGCAAAACUCCCAUUGACUAUGCAAGGGAAGCUGGCCACCAUGACUUGGCAGAUCGAUUGGUGGAGAUUCAGUAUGAACUAACUGAUCGACUGGCGUUCUACCUGUGUGGGAGAAAGCCAGAUCAUAAAAACAGCCAGCACUUCAUUGUUCCACAAAUGGCUGACAGGAACAUCAGUUUAGAUUUAUCAGAACUGGCCAAGGCAGCAAAGAAGAAACUGCAAUCUCUCAGUAAUCAUUUAUUCGAGGAGCUGGCCAUGGAUGUGUAUGAUGAGGUGGACAGACGAGAGACUGAUGCAGUGUGGUUGGCUACACAGAAUCACAGCACUCUGGUGACGGAGACAACUGUGGUGCCUUUCCUUCCUGUGAAUCCAGAGUAUUCAUCGACACGAAACCAGGGACGACAGAAGCUGGCAAGAUUUAAUGCACAUGAAUUUGCAACUCUUGUGAUUGACAUAUUAAGUGAUGCUAAGCGCAGACAACAAGGGAAUUCAAUAGCCAGUCCCAAAGACAAUGUUGAGUUUAUCCUGAAGAGUGUGGCUGUCAGGCAUUGCAGUGACAGCCAAGACAACGACCAGCCCGACUACGAUAGUGUGGCAUCUGAUGAGGAUACAGAUCACGAGCUCCCCUCGAGCAAAGGGGAUAGGACCAAGAGCCUGGACUCUGACGUCUCAGAUGGCCCCAUUACUGUGCAUGAAUACAUGGAGGUGAAAACUGCGCUCUCUGCCUCCGAAGCCAAGAUCCAGCACCUCAUGAAAGCCAACAACAACCUGAGUGAUGAGCUGAGGCUGAUGCAGAAAAAGCUGCAAUCUCUGCAAAGCGAGAACAUCUCUCUCAGGCGGCACGUCCCAACCAAUAUCUAUCAGAUCCCCAGCGGUUCAGACUACCCCGACCCCUCCAGCCCCUCAGCCCUGAAACGCCGGCAGUCUGCGCGGGCCAGUCGGCCCAUGUCUAUGUAUGAGACCGGCUCAGGCCUGAAGCCCUAUCUCCCUAAAGGAGAAACUCCCUACCCAGAGGAGGGCAUCCCCACCCUGCAACCCUUCCCACCUCAUACGGAAAGGGGCGCUUUUGUGACCACCUCUUCAUCCCUCCCCUCAUUUCCAUCCACCCUGUCUUGGUCGAAGGACGAGAGUUCUCAAAAGGCCUCAAAGUUAGAGAAGCAAAGCAGCAUGCCAGAAAGUGACUAUGACAACACAUUCAAUGACUCUGAGAUGGAUGAUUCGGGUUUGUGCAGGAGAGCGAGGCUGAGGAGCAGCGGCUGGCUGGGGGAUGGCAGCUCUAUCCCUGAGCUGGAUGAUCUGGAGAUGGAGUCAGACCCCGCGCUUCCCAGCACAGAGGACGUCAUCCGCAAAACAGAGCAGAUCACCAAGAAUAUCCAAGAGCUGUUGCGAGCUGCUCAGGAGAACAAACAUGACAGACCAUGUGAGCGUGAAGGUGUGCGUCGGCUCAGGCACAGCCUGGGAUGUUUCAGCACUCUGGUGCCUUGGGCCGAGAAGGCCCCCCCUCCCCUUCAGCCGCUCAGCCUGCGCUCCCCUGACCCCACCUCCUGCUUCAUACCCUGCUCAGAAAGAAUACAUGUGGCUGUAAUAGAAAUGGCUGCCCUCUUUCCCAAGAAGCCACGCUCAGAGACUGUGAGAGGCUCUCUGCGCUUGUUGACCUCCAGUGCGUACCGACUUCAGCAUGAGUGCAGGAAGGCGUUGCCUUCAGAGGCCUGCCCAGGACCGGACAUGCAGCUGGUCACCCAGCAGGUCAUCCAAUGUGCUUAUGACAUUGCCAAGGCAGCCAAGCAGCUUGUCACCAUCACCACAAAGGAGAAUACCAACUAACAGCAUUUACAGGGCUGCAAAGCCGUCAGCAUCUCAGUUUCAUUCUUAAAUAUUUUUUUAAUGAUUUUGUUGUUUUUUUGUAUUUGUGGUAUAUGCAUGCAUUGUUUUUUUAAUUUAUGAAUAGAUAUUUAAAGCCAACUGGACAAAAUCUGAGUGUAAAUGGAAAAAGUCAGCAACUUUACUUAGAGCUGUUGUAAUAGCACAAUUUAUCCUAAAGGAGCAGUGUGUAGGAUUUGGCGACAUCUAGCGGUGAGAUUGCAGAUUGCAACCAACUGAAACUUUUCCAGUGUACCAAGUGUGUAAGAUAACUACGGUGGCCGAUGCGAAAAAGUGAAAACAGGAAUGGCCCCAUCUAGAGCCUUUGUUUAGUUUGUCCGUUCUGGGCUAGUGUAGAAAAAUGGCAGCCGGCUCCUUGAAGAGGACCCGCUCCUUAUGUAGAUAUAAAUGUCCUCUUCACGGAGUCCGCCAUGGUGCUCCACCAUGUUUCUACAGUAGCCCAGAACGGACAAACCAAACACUGGCUCUAGAGAGAGCCUUUCACAUUUAUAUGUUGACGUGGCAGUUUGAAUUCGGUGGUAGGGAUGCACCGGUUGAAAGAAGAAGAAGAAGAAAGAGGAGGAAUAAGUGGUUGUUGAUGCUGCUGGCUAACCAUUUAGUGUUGUGAGAAGUUUGAGAAUCCAAAUUUGAACAAAUGGAGGACCAUACUUAUUAUUUAGCACAAAAGAAAUGAAGGGAGCAUGAAUCCUCGUCAGUAAAGAAGCAAAAACAUGGAGACGCUAAAUGAAAUCAGGACAGAUGACGGUAGAAAACAAGAAUAAACAUCGCUGUGGCCUUAAUGUUUUCAGGAUGACGCAGAAGUUUUCUGCUGAAGCUGAAGGCCACUGUAGGUUCUUCUGCAUGCUUGGAAAGUGAGGGGUGCAACUUCAUCGCUAGAUGCCACUGAAUCCUACACACUGCUCCUUUAAGAUAAAAUAAUAACUUCCACAAAUCAUGUUAAAUCAAGCAGCAGCUAGCAGGCCUGGGAACUGUAAUGGUUUAUAGAUUACAAUUUGAGUGAAACUCACUCUUAGUUACAAAUACUCAGUCCAUAAUGUAAAUACCUUUUAUUGAGGGAUGGAAUUAAGCACAGUACAGUAAAUCCACAUGAUGAUAUUGGUUAAUGUUAUCAGUCCAAAGCCAGAAAUGGAUGCCGAAAAGCCAUAAAUGAGUCAUGAAUCCGCUGUCAUUGAAUGCUAUUGCUAACACUCUUGUAGCUAAAGGAUCUUCCUCUCAUAAAUUGCACUGUGCAAGCAUCAUCAUACUGUAAAGUUGAAUCUCCAAAAACCAUUAAAUGUUGGGAACUUCAUCCUGCACACGUUGUAGCUCUGCAAUGCUAAUGUUUGUUGCAUCAAAAAAGCUAUUUAUAUGGUUUGUCCCCUGUCCAAGUCUAAGCCAGUCUGCAGUUGCACUAAUUGCAGCUAUUUAUGUGUGCCCAUUUGUCAAGUCAGUGAAUGCAAAUAACGCUUGUUCAGGGGCCACGUUGUAUUCUUCACCAGCACCAAGAUGUUGUUGUAUUAAGUUCAAAUGAUCUGGUGUGUUUCACCACACUGCACUGUAUUCUGUGGUCUUGUGUGCCAUUGCAGUGUUGGUGAUGUUACAAGAUAUUUAGAGCUAAUCAUAUUCUAUGUAUGUCCAUGUGUUUUGUGCUCUGUUCUGUUGCUGCUAGUUUUGUAUUUAAUGUGCAACAUAUGGGAUAGAAGUCUAGACGUAUCCUGUAUAAUUGUGCAACCCAUUGUUCAUCCUCACCAAGUGUUUCAGAGUUCAUCGUCAUUUUGAAAUCUGAUCAAGGUAAUGUCCCUCUCUGUACUUGACCGGAGUGCAGGGAUGUAUGUGGUGCAGCUGUUAAGUUGCAAUUUGGAAAAAUAAUUAUUUUCUAAAUAAACUUAAUUUAUAAAUAUAA